CUAGUUCGUUAUACUUGCAAUUUGGAGAGACAAGGGCGAGUGCAAAACGUGGAGAAGAACUGAGGAAAACGACUAACAGGGAAGCAAUGGAAGGUGCGUUUGUGAUUACAAGUGCAGCGAGAACAGUCCCUGGUGCGGCGGUUGUGGAGACCGGAGGAGAAGAUGUUGGUUUAAGAACAUGCAUGGACGAAUUGAUUGGAGUGCAGAAGUUGGUGGUGGGCGUUACUGAAGAAGAAGAAACGUGUGCAUUAAAAGGACAAUUUAAGUGCAUCUUUGUAUAUGUUAAUGUUGAAGUAGUGAAUUUCAUGGAAAAUGUAAUGUGAAUUUUAAUAAAAACAUUUUUGGUAAAUUUGUAGUGCGG